UUCAUCCGAAGGCUGCCUUCGCUGUCUGAUCGACUUUUGUAGGCGCGCAUGGAUGUUGGGCUAGCUAAGGAAAUGGCUAGAAUUCCCAUCUUCUUGAUGGGACUUCUUUUCUUAUGUUUCUACAUAGCCAUGGCUGAAGCACAAUACAUUAAUUAUAGAGACCCCAAACAGCCAUUAAAUUCUAGAAUCAAGGAUUUAGUAAGCCGGAUGACUUUGGAGGAAAAGAUUGGCCAAAUGGUGCAGAUAGAUCGCAGUGUUGCUUCAGCUGAGGUGAUGAAGAAGUACUUCAUUGGGAGCAUAUUAAGCGGGGGUGGGAGCGUUCCAGCACAAAAGGCUUCUGCAGAAACUUGGAUUAACAUGGUCAAUGAUUUUCAAAAGGGUUCUUUAUCAACUCGGCUGGGAAUUCCAUUGAUUUAUGGUAUUGAUGCUGUUCAUGGCCACAACAACGUCUACAAGGCAACAAUCUUUCCUCACAAUAUUGGGCUCGGAGCCACCAGGGAUCCGGAACUUGUUAAGAGGAUCGGAGCUGCAACUGCACUUGAAGCUAGAGCUACAGGCAUUCCAUAUGUCUUUGCCCCUUGUAUAGCGGUUUGCAGAGAUCCAAGAUGGGGUCGCUGUUAUGAAAGCUACAGUGAAGAUCCUAAGAUUGUUCAAGCAAUGACUGAGAUCAUUCCUGGCUUACAAGGGGAGAUACCAGCUAACUCUAGAAAGGGUGUUCCCUUCGUAGCAGGAAAUAAAAAGGUUGCAGCUUGUGCAAAGCAUUUUGUGGGUGACGGUGGAACAACCAAAGGCAUCAAUGAGAAUAACACUGUGAUUAACAGACACGGCUUGCUCAGCAUUCACAUGCCAGGCUACUAUAACUCAAUUAUCAAGGGUGUGGCAACCAUUAUGGUAUCCUACUCAAGCUGGAAUGGAGUAAAGAUGCAUGCUAAUCAUGAUCUUGUCACUGCCUUCCUUAAGAAUACGCUACGUUUCAGGGGUUUUGUCAUUUCAGAUUGGGAGGGUAUUGAUAGGAUCACCUCUCCACCUCAUGCCAACUACUCUUAUUCAAUUCAGGCAGGAAUCAAUGCUGGCAUUGACAUGGUCAUGGUUCCAUACAACUAUACGGAAUUCAUUGACGGUUUAACCUUCCUGGUGAAGAAUAAUAUCAUUCCCAUAAGCAGAAUUGAUGAUGCAGUAAAGAGAAUUUUGCGAGUUAAGUUUGUCAUGGGCCUAUUUGAGGAACCAUUCGCUGAUAUGAGCCUGGUCCACCAGCUUGGCAGUCAGGAACAUAGAGAACUGGCUAGGGAAGCUGUGAGGAGAUCGCUGGUGCUGCUAAAGAAUGGUGAAUCUGCUGAAAAGCCAUUGCUACCCCUUCCCAAGAAGACAUCAAAAAUACUUGUAGCUGGCAGUCAUGCAGAUAAUCUUGGCUAUCAGUGUGGUGGGUGGACUAUUGAGUGGCAGGGAUUAAGUGGCAACAAUCUCACAGAAGGUACCACAAUUCUUACUGCCAUAAAGGACACAGUGGAUCCAAAAGCACAAGUAGUCUACAAAGAGAAUCCUGACGCUGACUUUGUGAAGUCAAAUAAUUUCUCGUAUGCCAUUGUUAUAGUUGGAGAACAUCCAUAUGCCGAGACAUUUGGUGACAGCUUAAAUUUGACUAUCCCCGACCCUGGCCCGACCACCAUCACUAAUGUUUGCGGAGCUGUGAAAUGUGUUGUUAUUGUCAUCUCCGGCCGUCCUGUUGUGAUCCAACCUUAUGUUGUUUCGAUUGAUGCCCUUGUCGCAGCUUGGCUUCCAGGAACCGAAGGCCAAGGAGUAGCUGAUGUUUUAUUUGGUGACUAUGGUUUCACUGGAAAGCUUUCUCGCACUUGGUUCAAAACAGUCGAUCAGCUACCUAUGAAUGUUGGAGAUGCACAUUAUGACCCUCUCUUCCCAUUUGGAUUUGGCCUCACUACAACCCCCACCCAUUUCAACUAGGUCAUGGAUACACUUACAUUAAAAGCGUUGGCUCUUCGUCAUGCUCGUCAGUGUGCGCUUAGAUUACGACUCUCCAAUAUAGAGAUUGAGAGAGAUUAAAAGGUUUUGCAAAUUGUCAAUAAAGAUAUCCGACUACAGUGGAAUAUUCGUUCUGUCAUCCAGAAUAUUUGGCAUAUGAUGAACCAAAUCUUCACUUUUUGCGUUCGACAUAUCUUCAGAGAAGAAAAUAUGGUUGCAGAUAAUUUCACAGGUCUUGGCCAUGUACAUGAUCAUCCGUGCAUUUGGUCUUAUAUUUUUCUAGUACAGUAUAAAAUAAGUUGUUGUCAUGUCAUAUUAUUACUAGCCCCUUCUGAC